GGCAUUUUCGUCCUUUCAUCCGAGUACACUUCGUGGCAUCCGUCAAGCUAUACACGUGCCCUACAUUUUGUUUCUGUAAGGUAUUCUUCUUUUUGGGAUCAUAGUUCACAGCAAUUCUCUCCGAUCAACCUCUCAGCUCAUUUUCUAUGUGUUUGUGGAAAUUCUCCAACGAAGUGGCCCCUUUCAACUGAAUUAUACAGAUUAUUUUGUUGCGGAAUAUAAUGGUCGUGCGAUUUGAAUUUUGCAGGAUUUUGGAACACAAAAUUUGCUUGUGACAAAAACAGUAAUAUAUUCGCUGAUACGGAUGUUUUGGUUCAUGGAAUGUGACAUCUCCUGCAGUUACGGAUCCCAAGUUGGUGGUAGCUUGUGACAUGCAAGAAUCAGGGAGAUAGCAAACACACUGACAGGGAAUCCUUUAUUGGCAGGUUUCCCUGAUCGACGCCUCAUUGAGCUUCCUCUUCAUCCCAGGUGCAAAUAAUAUAUUUUUCAUAGAAAAGGCACUUAAAAUAGCUGAAAGUUAAGCACGCAUGAUAGAUUUGCAGAAGUGACGAUAUUCCAAUUGGAGCUACUACACAAGGAAUUCUUUAUUGGAAGUUUUGGGGUUGGAAUUAGCGGAGAGGCAGUUAUGAAGAGCUGGUCUCAUCAUAGUCUACUAGGUGUAGAUCGUGAAUUUAGAGCUCAUUUUUAGCUGUGAACGUGAAUAAUGGGGCCGAGGUGGAAGGGAAAAGGGGCAGAAGUUAAAGCUCUUGCAGAUCCAAUUUCAGAAAUAGUCCGACAGCUCCAAUCUUCUCUGAUCUGCGCAAAUUCUAGAGGACUGCUUUCUGGUACGAGUGUGCUUCUUAAAGCAGAUGCAGAACUGACCUCCCUCCUCAAUCGUGCAUGUUUUGGUAGGCCUAGGGUAACAUCAGAAAAGAAUGAGCAAUGGUUUCAGCUCUCCAUGGAAGAAGCUUUUUACCUUCAAUAUUCUCUAAAAUGCAUGAAGGUUGUUGAUCAAAAUGAUACUGAACUGAACAACGAUGUGUUAUGGAAGCAUAUGACAUCCAGGAAGGAAAGUUUUCCCAUCUUAUUCAAAGCUUUUUCUCACCUUAGAAGUAAGAACUGGGUGGUUCGAUCGGGCUCUCAGUAUGGGGUAGACUUUGUUGCCUAUCGUCAUCAUCCUGCUUUGGUACAUUCCGAAUAUGCUGUGCUCGUUUUAUCAGCACAAGUUGGCAGUGGUCGAUUGAGGGUUUGGUCCGACUUCCACUGCACCCUUCGCCUUUGUGGUAGUGUGGCAAAAACAUUAUUAAUUCUCGACAUUGUUCCACAGCAGAGUUGUCCAACUUCUCCAUCGUGCUUAGAUAAUUAUGUUGUUGAAGAGAAAACAAUCACAAGGUGGAGUCCAGAACAAGGCCGUGAGAAAAAAAGUUUAAUCUGACUCGAGCGUAAAGUAGAUCGACUGAUUCAAGAUUGACUCCUACUUUACUCGUUUGCAAUUAUAUUGUGAUUUUAAAGUACAAUGAUUAGUGUACUAUGUAUGACGAUUAAUACUCUGUAAACCGUGUUUAAUCCCCCUAUUUGUUGUAGGCAUUUUGAGCUGACUUUAUGCCCAGCAGAAAUGGUAAACAAUGCCGCCUUAUUUCA